CUAAAUAAUACUAAUGCUAUUCCAAAAAUACAUUCAAAAGUCCGGUACUGACAAUGUCCUUAAAGUAAAAGUAAGCAACAGGCCUAAAUGUCUUGAUUACAUUCAAUUAAAAGUACUUCAACUCAUGUAGAAAUUGCCCCAGUGAUGGUCACAGCCUACUAUUAUAGGUAAUUAUUAUUGUCACAGAAGCGUUAAUGUAAGCAGAAUAACACUAUCAUAGUUAUAUAAGAAUCUAUAAGAGCCACAUAUUUUAUACGGUCAACAUGUUUUGGUCCGAUGGAGUAGACUGGAUUCUUUAGUAUAAUGAAUGACUAAUUCCGGGUUGAAAGGAGCUGACGUUGAUUUCAAGCAUCUGAAUGAUUAAACGAUUAAACCUCAUCGUCAUCCUGAUGACAGUCACGGGUUUACAGAGGCUGAGGUUGAGCUCUUCCUCACCUCUCUGCAGUAGACUAGUUAUUUCCAUUCCAGUUCACAGCCCGCCCCUUUCUCUCUCUCUCUCUCUCUCUCUCUCUCUCGCUCUCUCUCUCUCUUUCUCUCUCUCUGCCACACAGUUAGUCGGUGCCAGAGUUCGCCACAUGUUCUCCUCCUCUGGUAUUUUUAUAGUCCCCUCACUUUUGAAUAAAUGGAGACUACCUGACCCUCUGGGAUUCAUGGUUAACCAACCGCACAAAAAAACUACAAUACAGCAAAAUCAACCUCACCUCGGCCAAGUUUAACUUCCCUUCAGCUCUUCGGACAACUCCCUGAGGCAUCUGAGGCUAAAGGGAUGGAAAACGGAACGUGUGAUGAUGUGGAGGCGCUGUGGGAGAAGUUGGAGUGCAAACGUUAUGAACUGUGUCGCACCAUCUCUCCCUCGAAACUGACCCCCUACCUCCGCCAGUGCAAAGUCCUGGAUGAGCAGGAUGAGGAUGAGAUCCUCAACUCCAUGCUGCUGGUCUCCAAAACAAACCGUACAAGCCGUCUUCUUGACAUCCUCCACGCUAAAGGAGAGCGUGGAUAUGUGGCGUUUUUGGAAAGUCUGGAAUUUUACUACCCUGAGCUGUACAAACUUGUCACAGGGAAGGCUCCCACGCGACGCUUCUCCUCCAUCGUAGUUGAAGAGGGUCACGAGGGUGUGACCCAGUUCCUGAUGAACGAAGUGAUGAAGCUGCAGCAGCAGUCCAAAGUCAAGACCCUGCAGACGGUUGAGCUAAGCAGGAAGAACUGCACCCUGGAGGACGAGCAGAAGAAGCUGAAGUUGGCCAAUCAGGAGCUUCAGGCCUUCCAACAAAGGUACAAUAAGCUGAAGGAAGAGAGGAACUCCUACAGUGACGAGCUGCUGCGGGUAAAGGACGAAAACUACAAACUGGCCAUGAGGUAUGCCACCUUGAGUGAGGAGAAGAACAUGGCUGUGAUGAGGAGCAGAGACCUGCAGCUAGAGGUUGAUCAGCUGAAACACAGGCUGAACAAGUUGGAGGAAGAGUGCAAGAUGGAGAGGAGGCAGAGUCUUAAACUGAAGAACGACAUCGAGAACCGGCCAAAGAGAGAGCAGAUCUUUGAGCUGGAAAGAGAGAAUGAAAUGCUCAAGAUCAAGCUUCAGGACCUACAGUCCAUCAUACAGCCUGGUCCACUACCUGCCUCGGACAAGGCCAUCCUUGACAUUUUAGAACAUGACAGGCAAGAAGCACUGGAAGACAGACAGGAUCUGGUCAAUCGCCUCUACAACCUCCACGAAGAAGUCCGUCAGGCGGAGGAGCUGCGAGAUAAGUACUUGGAGGAGAAGGAGGAUCUGGAGCUGAAGUCCUCCACACUGCAAAAGGACUGUGAGAUGUAUCGUAACCGCAUGGACACCAUCACAUUACAGCUGGAGGAGGUGGAGAAGGAGAGGGACCAGGCGUUUCGUGGCAGAGACGAGGCCCAGAACCAAUUCUCCCAAAGUCUCAUCGACAAAGACAAAUAUCGCAAGCAGAUCAGGGAGCUGGAGGAGAAGAGCGAUGAACUCCACAUCGAGAUCGUUCGCAAAGAAGCCAAGCUGGUCACCUUGGAGUCUCGACUGCGACGGAUUUCCAAGGACAUCCCUUUGGACCAGAGUCUGCCAAGGGACCUGCUUCCGACCAUCUUCUCUCAAGCGGGGGACGAUAAACCUGUUCAGGACCAAUCAGAAUGGUCCAGCGAUGAGUCGCCGGGGGAGAAGUUCCCUUCUGAUGAGCCGCGGCUCAAACGCAGACCUAACCUCAAAGCCGUGCUCAGAGUCUCAAAGUCUCCAGUCUGUGGACCCAAAGAGGUCUCCUUAGAGCCCGCUCAAUCUGCUGUCAACAGCGGAGAGUUUCUGGAAACCCAGAAACGGAACUCGCACGCAAACAGCAUGUCCCUCCCGCCCUCCCCCAGCUUUAUGACGUCCCCCACGUACCCCCCCUUCUCGACUCACCCGCUCUCCUCCUCACAACUUUACUUAAAUGUGGCGGAGCAGUCCAACAGGCAAAAUAUGCUGCGUUCCCGCUGCAGCAUGCUGUCCAUAGUGGCUGAGCCGCCAGAGCAAGCAUCGCUCUACCGCAGAGAGAGGGAGAAGGAAUGCGACUUCCACCCUCGCAGCGUCUCGGACUUAGAUAGCGACAAGGAGAUGGAGUUUGAGGACGAAGUACAUUGUGGUCCACCUUCUGUCCACUCAUCUUCCUCGUCCCAUCACUCAGAAGGGAUGGACAGUUACGACCUGGAGCAGGUCAACACUAUCUUCAGGAAACUCUCUCUGGAGCGGCCUUUCCGCCCGUCUCUCUCCUCCUUCUCCAGGAGCAGCGGCUCCCUGAAGCCGGUGCAGGAGCUUUCGUUGCUCGGUGACAACCUCCUGAGGGACAUCACUCUGGUUGGCGGCAACGAAAGCGGGAUUUUCAUAUCAGCUGUCCAGCCUUGCUCCAUCGCGGAGAAAGCGGGGCUUCGGGAGGGCCACCACCUCCUACUGCUUGAAGGUUGCAUACGUGAUGAGAACCAAAGCAUUUCAUUGGAUACCAGCACCCAGGAAGAAGCCUAUUGGACGCUGCAGCACUGCUCUGGACCGGUCAAGCUGCACUAUCGAGCCAACUUUGACUCUUACCGCCGCCUUCAGAGGGACCUAGCGGAAGGCCCACUGGUUUCUGGCGACUCCUUCUACAUACGGGUCAACCUCAACAUCUCCGGCCAGUCAGACUGCUGCUCUCUGAGCGUGCACUGCGAUGAGGUGGUGCACGUGCUGGACACCAGGCACCAGGGCCGCAACGAGUGGCUGUGCGCGCGCGUCAACCCGUACAACGGCUCGGACCUGGCUGACCGGGGCACCAUACCAUGCAACUCAAGGGCCCAGCAGCUGCUCCUAGUAAAGAUACAGAAGUUAGUAUCUCGAGGGGGAAAAGAAGAGAAUGAGAUCAACCGCAGCAGGAACCAUUUACAGCCAGAUGAAGCCGGCUCGUCUCCUGAUCCUAAAUCCAGCCCACGCAUGUCUAGAGCCAGCAUCUUCCUCACCCAGAUACUACAGUUUGUCAGCAGGGUGGAUAUCAAGUACAAGCGGAUGAACAGCAACGAACGUGUUAGGAUCAUCAAUUCAGCCAGCGCGACGCUACCCAGACAAGGGUUUGAAGCUUUGAGACCAGAAGACGCUGCUUAUCCAGACAAUGAGCUGAGCAGGAGCCUGAGCCUGAUUCCCUACAGCACCGUCACCCUGCAGCGCGCUCAGAGGAGAAGGCCCGUCCUCUUCACUCCGGCUGCUCUAGCCACAACCGUGAUCCAGAAAAUACUCAACAUGGGGGGAGCCAUGGAUUUCGAUAUCUGCAAGCCAGACACGCUGUCCAAAGAAGAGUUUCAUCUGAAACAGAACGUGGAACCAUUCAUUCACUACAAAGAGAAACACACCAUAUUUGAAUGCAUCACCCGAGAAAACAUAGAGGCUGUUGCUUCCAAGGGCAAACACUGUCUGCUCGAGGCCGAGCUGAGCUGCGUCAAAGACCUUCUGCGGCGAGAAAUCUACCCGAUCAUCGUCUACGUCAAGAUCUGUGAGAGGAAUGUGAAGAAGCUACGGAAGUUGCCUGUGCGCGUGGAGUCGGAGGAGGAGUUUGUGAAGUUGUGUCGGGCAAAAUCAAAGGAGCUGGAGGGAAUUCCCUGCCUCUAUGCCAGCGUGGAGCCCGAGGCCUGGGCGGGGACGGACGACCUCAUCAGGGUGGUCAAAGAGCGGAUACUGGAGGAGCAGAAGAAGACGGUGUGGGUGGAGCAGGACCUCCUGUAGACGCACAGAUGCAAAACACACGGUGCAGCCGAGCACCAUAAAACACUCGUGAACACUGUGCUCUUCUGCAUAUUCAUGCCGAAUCUCACAGGUGCUCUCGUGGAUACUCGCACCGCUGGAGACUUGGGAUGACUUGAAUUAUACAUUUUGUAAAUGGGUGUGUUUACCUUGAUUUAGAUGAAUAAACAAAUGAAAAACAACAAAAGGGGACUUUAAGAGCAUUUAAAGGGAAGGCGUUCAACAAUCACUUGUGUGAGCAGUAAUUUCAUUUUCCGUGUGAUCUGACUUCACUUUGAUUACAUCGUCCUCUUGUGGCUGCCGUCAAGCUUUGAUGUGGUACAUUUAAGUCAAAAUGGAUUAUAUCAUAUCAGUCUUUUAUUUAUUUGUUUUGUUGCAAAUCUGUUGUGCAGCGCGUCUUCUAAAAAACGUUACAGAAAUAGGAAUAUUACAUAAACCGCUGCUAUAUAAAUAUAAUAAAGUUGAAUAGAGCUGAAUGUGUAUCUUAUAGAGAACACAUCAAGGUUUACUCAGGAAAUUGUGAUGGAAAGCUUGACAUGGCCUAGUUAUUACACAGGUUGUGCAAAUAUCUAUUAUAUUCAGAUUUAUAUUAUGUAGGCUCAUCAUUAACAACCCCUGAGCUGCUCAUGUAAAAACACUAUUUUAUUUAGUGACAUUUACCAUGAAUAAGUAAACACGUUUGUUGAUUCCUAACGCACACAAAUCUUUUUUUUUUUGAGGCCACCAGCCGUUCUGAUUUGAGAAAAACAAGCAGAGGGGAUUAAGAGUAACCUAUUUCAUAAGGGGGCCGGAUAAUCUCUUCUGAGAGGAAAGACAUCUAGCACUAUACAGUGUUCCCUAAGAUGAUCAUAUCAGACACAUACUGUCAGAAAGAAACCAAACUCACACUCUCAGCCUCCCUUAAGUCAAUACUGCAUCUUUGCUCUAGUGGCAAACCAAGGCUAAUAUUUAUUCUACUUUGACUGUGGGAAGCUCAUCCAUUUUUGUGGUUAAAUGUAAUCGGAAGUGAUCAAAUAUACAAACGUAAUAAACAUCAUGAAACGUCAGAUGAUUGUGUACACAUGAUAAAUACAAGUCUGUCGGUGGAAAUUAUGUUGUUGAUCAUAACCUUUCAUCCCAUUGUUAUGGAUUCAUUAUUGUGUGUGUGUGUGUGUGUGCGCGUGUGUGUUCAUUAGAAUGACUGUCGCAUUACAAAUGUAUACUAAGCAUAUUAAUGAGAGAACAGUGUAAAAUCCGGAGUGGAGGUUAAAUGUGUGACGCUGAUUAAA